CUGACAAGAGCCUGGGCGAUGUGGAAGGGGCUGUGAUCCGCGGGAGGGAGAACAGAGGCGCUCCAUCGCCGCUGCCGUCAAUAGGGAGCGGAAAGGGAGGCGAGGGGAAAGCGCCUGUGCUGGGGGGCGGGGGGCGGCAUUUUUGGUGGAUGGUAUGAAGCCAGCCAUGGAAACUGCAGCAGAGGAAAACGCGGAACAAAGCCAAGAGAAAAAAGUGAUCACCAGACCAGAAAUGGAAAUUGGCAGGUACCACUGGAUGUACAGGAGUUCAAGGCCACACCGGUACCAUCAUGUGCCAGCAGUGAGAGGCAAUGUUAGUCCUUUGGGGAUUCAAGGUUGCUUUGAAUGUUGCAUUAAGUGCCUAGGAGGAGUGCCAUAUGCUUCGCUGGUGGCAACCAUUCUCUGCUUCUCGGGGGUCGCCUUGUUCUGUGGCUGCGGCCAUGUGGCGCUCACAGGCACCGUGUCCAUCCUUGAGCAGCACUUCUCCACGACUGCCAGUGACCAUGCUUUGCUGAGUGAAGUAAUACAGCUAAUGCAGUAUGUAAUUUAUGGCAUUGCAUCGUUUUUCUUCUUGUAUGGAAUAAUCCUCUUGGCAGAAGGCUUCUAUACAACAAGUGCUGUGAAGGAGCUGCAUGGAGAGUUCAAAACAACAGCCUGUGGCCGCUGCAUCAGUGGAAUGUUUGUUUUCCUCACCUACGUGCUUGGAGUGGCCUGGCUCGGGGUCUUUGGCUUCUCUGCUGUGCCUGUCUUUAUGUUUUAUAACAUAUGGUCAACUUGCGAAGUCAUCAAAUCUCUUCAGAUAAACAUGACGGUUCCGGGAGACCAGAUCUGUGUGGAUAUCAGGCAAUACGGUAUUAUCCCAUGGAACGCUGUACCCGGCAAAGCCUGCGGUCCGAUCCUGGAGAACAUCUGCAACACGAAUGAGUUCUACAUGUCUUAUCACCUCUUCAUUGUGGCUUGUGCUGGAGCUGGUGCCACUGUCAUAGCAUUGCUGAUCUACAUGAUGGCUACUACAUAUAACUAUGCUGUUUUGAAGUUUAAGAGUCGGGAAGAUUGCUGCACUAAAUUCUAAAUUGUAUAAGCCCAGUAAAGAGCUGCAUUGCGUAGCUUGAAAAAAUACCACUGACACCCUAGGCUAAAAGUCUAGCUUUCUGAAUUUUGUUACAGUAAUUGUAAAUAGCUUCAAUAAGCCUCAUUUAGCUUAUCAGAUUAAUAAAAUGACUUCUUGUAUAUGAACAAUGAUGUGGAUGAGAUCUGGCUAUUCCGUCAUGUUGAGAGGAUUCAGUUACUGUAGGACUGUUCAUGAAUUGUUCUUCUGAAGAUGGGAUGUUUUCAUUUGAUGGCUCCAUUUUGCUUUCCAAUACUCAUCUCUAAAACAGAUUUUCUGGAACAGAAUUACUCAUUUACUCUUCACCAUGAACGACAACUUCAAAAACCUCGAGCGUGCUAAAUAUACACGAUACAGAACAAAAAGAGUAAUAAAGCAAUGCCAGUCUCUUUUGGCAGCAAUGAGAAGCUCCAGUGCUAUGAAUUAGUUAGCUGUAUUUCUGGUGCGUGGAUGAUUAAGUUGAUAAUUUUCUUUUCCUUCAUUUCCAAACAAUUGCCAAAUGGCUCCCUCUGGAAGGCGAUACAUCCUGUAUCAACUCGGCGUCAAACAAUCACACUCUGGUUUUGGGCCCCAAGCUAGUAAGAAAUAACAUACAAAUCCUUUGUUGUUUGUGUGGCUUGCGCUUUAGUAACUGAUUUCUCGGUAGCCAGAUCUCAAAAAUGUAAGUAUGACUGCACAGGAAGCAAAACCAUGCAUAGAGCGUAGAGGCAUUUUUCACACUGUUGGGGGGAAUAAAGGAGAAGAGAAUCAGUGUUUUUCAGAUGUAGAUUUUUUGUUGUUGCACGAAGUGUGGGGAAGAGAAACUGGGAAGAGAUGAGUUCACAAAGUAGAAAAAAUCCCCACGAUUACAAAAAAAACAACCCAGUUGCUACAUGUAAGAGUUUUCACCUGAAGUCAGACUGUGGGAGUUUUAAGAUGUAUUUGUAGCGGUACACGAUCAAGACUUCUUAACCCAGAGCUUGCAUGCUUUUGCUUAGUUUUGGAGCGGCGUUUUGUUGUUUAACUUUUCCAUGUGUUACUGUAGCCUUGUUCACCUGAAUAAAACUGUUUACAGCUUCAGACUUUUUCCAGGGGGAGGGUGGAGUUCACAUCUGCUUGUUGGGGAUAAAGAAUUACCAGGAUCUGGGCUUGAACAUACCUAAGCACCACCGCCUUAGGAAGCAGUUUUUCUGAGCACCUCCUGUUUGCAGAUGACGUAAAUUGCCACAUACAAACAAACGUUUAUUUUUCUCACUUCCCCCCCAUUCUGCAUUUUAAUUGAUCCCUACAACUCUGUAGCUCAUUUAAUUACCGUGACACUAACUUCCUCUCAGUUGUGAAUAACCACCCUCAAUAUUAGCAUGCAGAAUUGUAGAGACCUUUGAAAAUAGCCUCUGUGCUUGUUUUAAUAACAGAAUGCUUAUUAACGUAGAGUAACUUUUAUUUGGUCGUUAUCGUAAGGUGCGUCUAUUAAUCUAACUAGCAGCUUGCUUUGCCUCUUGACAUGCUCACUAGCCAUCAUGCUCACCCUUCUCUUCCAGAUCCACUUCCUCAUGAUACUGUCUUCUAACUGGGCCUACUUAAAGGAUGCAAGCAAAAUGCAGGCCUACCAAGAUAUCAAAGCAAAAGAAGAGCAGGAGCUUCAGGAUAUCCAGUCUCGGUCAAAAGAGCAACUGAAUUCUUACACAUAAAUGGUUGCCACAGUAAUUCAGCAGAAGAAUUCUGUAGCUCUGACAAAUCAACAAAUAGCUGCUCUGCAGUACAGAUCUGUGUCUACCAAACAAAAUUAUAGAGAAGUGUAAAAGCUUCACGUUCGAGCUCCUGGAACACGUUCGUAGGGAAACCUUCCCAUGGGUAAUCUUCCAUCCUUUCACACAGAGAAUGGAGGUUUUAUUCCAGGCAUUUUAAAAGGCAACACUUUGACACAGUGAGUGUCACACAAUGAGUGACCAAAUUAUUCUUCUUUGAGACUUUUGCUAUUUACUAUUAUUUGACAUACAGCAUGAAGUCCUGCACAAAACUGUGGCGGUUGCUCCAAACCAGCAAGCAGUAGGGAUUUGUGCAGCUCUUAGACACAGGCACAUGUAAGAAAGAUGCGUGAUUUAGGACCUUGGUUUAUGUACCAUGUAUAUGAAGCUGUGGCUGAAUGACAUUUCUGACAGCAGCUCGCGCUCAUUUGAAAGCACAGCUGUUGCAGUAUUUCCUAAGUAAGUUAUAAUAGGGCACUCCCUGAUCACGCUUUACAUGGGCCACAGGAACAGCCAUCUACUUUUGUGCCACACUUUUUUACGAUGCAGCAGUCGCUCCCCUGUGCUUACCCGAGUGUUGCGCAGCUGUCCCGAGUCUUCAUCUUUCUUUUUAUUACCUAUUUACUGGAAUGUAGAUGCUUGGAUCUGGAUAAUGAUCCCCUUCUUUGAAAAUAAAUGUCAGCUUUGCCUUAAUAUUUAUUUUCUAUAAAUGUCUUAGCAUUUAUAUAGCGGCAGGAGACCAUUAUCCUACAUUGCAAGUGAAAAGUGUUACCUUAUUAAAAUGAUGCCGAUGUGACUAUUCCAAGUGAGCAGAUGAUGAGAAAGCUUGCAGAGUUCGACACCAACAGUAACAAUGACAGCCAUAAAAACAGAACACAGGAUGUCCACCUUUCUCUCUCUUGGUGCUUAGCAAAUUUAUAGUCAGUGCUUACGUGUUUUCCUUUUUACAAAUUCAUUAGCACAUUGAGAAAACAUGGUGGUCAGAAAAUGACGACAUGAGCUGGUGCCAUCUUAAAGUCAUUAUUUCCCAUAGAAGUCUGCCUUCUAAUCAAUGUUUUAUUUCAGAAGCUUUCAGUGAUAUCUUGAGUAUUAGUGAUGGUAUACUUGGUGUUUGUUCUAUAUGAUAUAUAUAUAUAUAAAUAUAUAUAUAAAUGUUGGGGAGAAAAGUUAAAUACAUCAUUUGUUUGCGGGGGGAGGUGGGGGGGUGGGGAAGAAAAAACGAGUAUCUGAGUCAUACCCAUGUUAUGCUGACGUGUGGUUUGAUAGUUUUGACUGCUUGCUGAGUGUAAGUCAAAGGAAGCACAACAUUUCCUGAAGCUGGAAUUAAAAGAGGCAUUUGGGGGGGGGGGGGGGGACGAGGGGGGUUGUUAACUGCAAAUAUGAUUUCUUUUCUGUUAAACAUUGCAGUCUGAUUUGACAGUUUGAAAGGGGGGCAGAGUUGGUCGGUGUAGAGCAAAUAUGACAAAUAGCCUAGUGUAUGUUCUUACCUGUUGCAUGAAGGAGACAUUUCUACGGCAAUGCAGGUGAUGUUCUAGCCCAGUGUUUGCAUAAGGGUAAUAAUGGAGGCAGUGUCUUAAAGCCUAAUUCUUUUCUAAUUCAGUGUAGCUAUUACUGGGAGUUUUUGAAGUUUUGUUUAAGUAGUCUAAUAUUUUUAUGUAAAGAGCAUUAAAUUUUGCUAUGUAUAAAUUUUUGUAACCUAACAGUGAAUCAAUAUUUUCUAUCAGUGCCAAGGGCUUCCUGUAGUUACAUCCAAGUGUUAAAAAUAAAUAUUUGUAGAUAAUAGACAAA